CAGGAAAAACCUCGACCGGGAUGUAAUGGAGUCGGACCACUGGAAGGCUCAGGCGGACAGGGGGGUGGGAAGACAUAUUCCUGCCUUUUUCUAACGCUCCCGGGUUAUAAUGUGCUGAUUCCAUCCGUUAAUCCCCCAACAACUCGGAGAGGGGAGCCGAACCCGGGUCCGUGCGCUUUUUUUUUAUUCCCAAAGCUCCGGGGCUGGAAUGUGACGCUGAAACCGAGACUCGCCUCCUGGCAACGGGCACACGCGGGUCCUCCUCCCGGGGACAUCUCACCUUCUCCUGCUGCUCCUGCUCCUGCCUAGGAAGAAGAAGGAAGGAAGGAAAGGAAAGGAAAAAAAAAGAAGGAGAGAAGGGGGAAAAAAAGGGAAAAACGGGGAGAGAAGGAGGAGAAAGAAAAGCCCUAGUGCGCGCCGCGUCUGGCCCUUUGGCGGAGACGCAAGCCCGAAUGAACGCCGACGCUCCGGCGCAACAAAAGCGGAUUAUUCAUGAUGUUUUCGGCACGGACGUAAAACCCGCGGAGAUAUAUUGCCUUUCAGCCCAUUCUGCUGCCGGAGGACCGCCCGUGCCCGUGCGUGCUGAAAACCGACCCCAGAAAAAAAAGAGAAAAGGAGAAAGAGAGAGAGGGGGAGAAAGAGGGAGAGAGGAUACAAUGCAGCAUGCAUGUUGUGCAUUCUCCCGGAGCUCCACGCCGUCGGUGUGAAUGACUUGUGGCUGGAUAGGUUGUCGAGAGUGGGCCAGGUUCCUGCACGGCCUCCGUGGCUGACUGGGGAGGAGUCGAGCGGAGAGCAGACAUCAGUGCCCAGGGGACCUGAGGCCUGGUUCUCCAUAUGAGGCCCAGCUGAAAGGGCAGGGGGGCUUCUGAGUGUGCCCGAGGGCCAUUGAAAGCCCCCUUGGGGAAAUUUCAUAAAUAUACAAAGAACAAGAAAAGCCCUCUGGACUAUUGUUUUUGUUUUUACACAUUUUCUCACACUCACACACACACACACACACACAUACACACACACACCUACACUCACUCACACACACACAUACACUGACACAUCCACACACACACAGACAAGGAUAUAGAGAGAAUGUUGGAGGUCCAAGAGGAGAGGCCAACGGCGGCAGGUACAGCAGCGACACAUUUCAGCAAGAAGGAGCGAGCGAAGAAGGAGAGGGAGGAAGCCAAGGACAGUCGGGGGAACCUGUCGAACAUCGGGAAUCCUGUUCCUACGUCCCGGAACGUGCGUGCGAAAGCGCCGCUCUCACACACAGGCAGCCCUCACCAGCUCAUCACUCCACCCUGUUCUGUAGUCUUGGGAGCCCCAUCAAUGCACUCCAAUAGGCUGAAGAACUCCCCGUCCGCUAACACACAGAGCCCUAAACCUAAGACGGAGGCCAUGGUACGAUCACCUCCUGUCAUGUCGCCCUCCACUGCCGCCCAGAUGGACUCUAAAAUACCCAAUCAGGGUAAACCGGGCAGCACGGGCAGCCAAUCGCAGCCCUCUCCCUGUGACCCCAAGAGCCUGGGGGCCAAGGGGCCUCAAAACGUCGCAGGGGGAAUGGGGCUGAAGAACGGCCAGGGCCUGACGUCCGGCUCCAGCUCCAAAGUGAAAGUGAAAAGGGAGAGGAGCACCUCGGUGGAGUCGUUCGAACAGCCGGAGAGCGGCACGCCCACCAGCGAAGAGAAAGAUAGUAGCAGGGUGAAGAGGAUGUGUGUGGCAGAGAGGAGGCAGCAAUACACUGGAGUUGACUGGUGCUCUGGCGGAGAAAGCGAUGAAGACGACAAAGGAUUCUUCAACUGUAACUCCAGCGAUGUGAAGCCCCAGGACUCUGUCACACAUUCUACCUCCAACGCUGGACUCAGCCGGUCCUCCACGCCCUCCCACAACACCCUGGGGGGCCAGGGCUCCACGGCAGAACCCGCUAGCGGCCAGAAACCCGGCUCCAAACUUGUCUAUGUCUUCACCACAGAGAUGGCAAACAAGGCAGCUGAUUCAGUUUUAACUGGCCACACAGAAAACAUAAUUGCCUUCCACAUGAAAAACAUCUCCAACAGCAAGGAUAAAGCUCACCUGAUCCUGAACAAUGCAGCCGGCAUCCUGCGAAAUGACUCCAAGCCUCCGCAGCAGCCUCCGUCCCACAGCCAGGACCAGAGCCACCAGCCCGGGUCCAAGCCCUCCCUCCCCGGCAUGGCGGAGACGUCGACGUCCCAGCCGUCAAACCAAGGGAGCCAAUCCAGUCUUCCACAAGAAGGGUCGUCUUCGGCGGGGAUCGAAUCCAAAAGUAUUCCAGGCACCAGCCCCGGCAACCCUCCGGCCGCGGGCGAAAACCAGGCCCCCGCCGCCGUGACGGAGGCGGGCCUCAACACGCCGACGCCCGUGGAGGCCGGGCCGGGCGGGGGCUCCUCCGGGUCGGGCCUGACGCCCCAGCAGCAGCAGCAGCAGCACCAGCUGGCCCAGGAGCUGCUCAACAUGGAGGCCAACACCGAGGGGCUCUCCCAGGAGCAGCUGGAGCACCGCCAGCGCUCGCUGCAGACGUUACGGGACAUCCAGCGCAUGCUCUUCCCCGACGACCGCGACGCCCCGCAGCCCGGGCCCCCGCAGCCGCACGGCGGCCCCCACGACGGAGGCCCCGACGUGGCGCCCCGGAGACCCGAGCAGGGCCCGCUGCAGGCCAUGAUGGCCCAGUCCCAGAGCCUCGGACCCCCGGGUGGACCCGUAGGGCCUCGUCCACAGGGGCCCCCCUUCGGCCCGCCACACGGCCCCAGGGACAUGCCUCCGUUUCCACAGGAUGAAAUGGGUCCACACAUGGGGGGUCCGGGCAGCUGCGGAGAAGGGGAUCAGAUGACUCCGGAACAGGUGGCUUGGUUUAAGUUGCAACAGGAGUUUUACGAGGAGAAGCGGAAGAAACAAGAAAUGCAACACCGGCCACUUCCUCCAGACAUGAUGAUGCACCCCCACGGCCCCCGCGGCAUGAUGCGAGGGCCCCCGCCUCCCUACCAAAUGGGCCCGGAGAUGUGGGGGGGACCGGGCGCUCCGCCGGAGCACUACCAGGAGAGGAUGGCGAUGGGCCCCGGGCCGAGGGGGAUGGGGCCGCACAUGCAGAGGAUGCCCGGCUUCUCCGGGAUGAUGAACCCCGAGAUGGAGGGCCCCCAACGGGCCGGGAUGGGCUGGCCCGACGACAUGCCGCCCCGGAUGGGGGAAGGGCGGGGCUUUCCCGGAGGGCCCGGGGCCAUGUUUCCCGGUCCGGGGGCUCGCGGCGAGCGGUUCCCAAACCCCCAGGCGGUUCAGGAAGCCAUGUUCCACCAGGGGAUGGGCGGAGAGAAGAACCUCCCCCCCGGGAUGAUGAUGGACGUGCAGAGGAUGAUGGGUCACCAAAGAGGCGGGAUCGAGCCCGGUAACGGCAUGGGGAUGUUUCCCAGAAUGCCCGGCGACGGUCCGAUGAGUCCGUCCUCGAGGCUCCAGGGGAUGGGGGGAAGAGAAAUGGGACCCGAGUUCGGCAUGGGCCCCGGUCCCGGGCCGGGGCCUCACAUGCACCCUUCCAAACUACGAGACACCCCCAUGAAUAUGAGCCCCGAGGAAAUCAUGAGAAUGAGAGGCGGCGGCGGACCUCCGAUGGAGAACAUGGGUCCGCAAGGUCGGCCGAUGCAGGUCCCGCCCUUCCCCGAGCAGUCGCCGUCGGGCGACUUCCCCAUGGGGCCGGGGCGUUUCCCGGGGGGUCCCGGAGGAAUGAGGGGGCCACACGUGGACCAGGCCUUCGGUCCGGAGCACAGAGCUACGCCGACAGGAGGAAACGGCCGCAUUAACCACCUCCCUCCCGGCGGCCCCGCGCAGGGCCAGAGGGGCCGCAAGCCAGCAGACCUGAAUGUCCAAGCAGGAGGAGGGAACUCCCCCAGUGUUAACCCGCUCAAAUCCCCCCCUCUGAGGCAAGUGCAGUCUCCCAUGAUGGGAUCUCCUUCUGGAAACCUAAAGUCUCCUCAGACGCCGUCCCAGCUGGCUGGCAUGCUCACUGGUUCUGCAGGCUCCAACGCUCCUCCAGCUCCACCCAAUUCUGCACCAAUGAAGUCUCCCCACUCCAUGAUGGGAUCAGCGGGUGCGUCUCCCGUUCACAUGAGGUCGCCGUCUCUCCCCAACCCCUCCCCGGGAUGGGCAUCCUCCCCGAAACCCCCCAUGCAAAGCCCCGGAGUGCCGCCUCAGGGAGGCAAGCCUCCUCUGAGCAUCACCUCACCAAACAUGAUGGGGGGCAUGGAGCAGGGUGGUAAUGGUCCCCCCUCGGCCCCCCCAUCAGGGGCUCCAUCCGGCUCCAUGUCCCUGCCAGGCAACGUCCAGUCUGGAAGUCCGUACACCAUCCCACCAGAACCCACACUCUCCCAGAAUCCCCUCUCCAUCAUGAUGUCACGUAUGUCCAAGUUUGCGAUGCCCAGUUCCACCCCGCUUUACCACGAUGCCAUAAAGACUGUCGCCAGCUCUGACGAUGACUCGCCUCCGGCUCGCUCCCCCAACUUACCUUCAGUCAACAAUAACGGUAUGGCAAUGAAUCACCAAGGAAAUCCACGCAUGAUGGGUCCAGGAGGCGGGGGGCCGAUGCCCGCCCUCAGCCCCCUGGGUAUGAACCCGGUGGGCUCCCAGCCGCUCUCACAUGGCAUGCCUCCACAGAUGCCCUCCCCCAACGCCCCCAACAUGGGCCCAGGCAUGAUAUCCCACGGCAUGAUGAUGCCGCCGAAUCCCCAAGACCCCGGCAUGGCCAACCCUCAGAUGAUGCCCCAGGGACGCAUGGGCUACUCCCACCGGAGCCAGGGAUACCCCCUCACGCAGUCCCCCUCCCAGCAAGGUCCUUUCUCCCCGCACAACGGGCCUGGCCCCCAGGCCUUCCCCGGCCACCCCAUGGGCUUCCAGGGGGAGGGGGGACCGAUGGGAGGCCGGAUGGGCAACAUGCCCCACGGGGGAGGGGGCGACGGGGUCAUGUGUAAACCCAACACUCCCGGCGGGCCCGAGUUCAACAACAUGCAGGGCGGCUUCAGCGACGCGGACCUUCACGAGGUGAUGCGGCCGGGGGCGUCCGGGAUCCCCGAGUUUGACCUUUCCAGGAUAAUUCCGUCGGAGAAACCCAGCCAGACUCUGUCGUACUUCCCCCGAGGCGGAGGAGACAACCCCGGGGGGAAGCCGCCCCACCCCUCCGGGUUCCCCAUGCAGGGGAUGAUCGGCGACGGCCCGCCGAGGAUGGGCAUGCCCAUGCAAGGGAUGGGGGGGAUGUCCGGGGGGCCCGGCGGGGGGAUGGGCCCCCAAGACAUGCCGAUGGGGAACCCCGGCCACAACGUGAUGCGGCCGCCAGGGUUCAUGGGCCAGGGCAUGAUGGGCCCGCAGCACCGGAUGAUGUCCCCCGGGGGCCCCGGAGGGAUGAUGCAGGGCAGACAGAUGGCUCAUCCGGGCCCCGGCGGCUCCCCCAACAUGAUGAUGUCACUUCAGGGCAUGGGCGGCCCCCCGCAGCAGACAAUGAUGAUGGGGGGUCAGAUGAGGCCGCGCGACAUGGACAUGGGCUUCAGUCCGGGCCCGGGAAUGUUCUAAUCCAACAGAAACCUUGUAACCAGAAUGUUUGUUGGACAAUAACGCCAGGACAGAAUACGGAUCACGUGAGGCUUGCAAGUAUUCGGAAAAAACUGAUGAACUCAAAUAAACGAGAUAUAAUAUGAGGGUGUGCCCAGAAUCAUGAACAGAACUGGGCUCACUGUUCCGUCUGGUUUCGUCUGGAGGGAACUUAGUCCAAAGGAAACUCAGACAGGCCCAGAUUGGAGUAAUUUUGCCACAGGAACAUUGAAUUUUUACUCACGAACUGCAGAAUGUAUGGGAUUGUUCAUCAAUUUCGCAGAACUAUUCAUGUUUUUUUUUGUUUGUUUUUUGAUUAUCUGACUAUAAAGAAAAAACUUGGACAUCAAAGAGGAAUCAGCCUAACGAAAAGUCAGCAUGGAGAUGCUACAGUAUAUGUCUACUUUUUUUUUUUUUGUUUUUGUUUUCCCCAAUUAAAAAAAAAAAAACCCAACAAAUUUGUCAUGAAAGUGGGAUGGAACAAGAGAAAGGAGGAAGAAGAAUUCGUGCUUUGUGAAGACUUUAGUGGAAAUUCAUCUUGUCUCUCGCUCCAUUGUUUUGACUGUUUCUGUACAGUAUAUACGUGAGAGUGUUGGUGUGAUUGACAGAUCGUAUGUUUGUGUGCUAUGUAUGUUUGUGUCUGUAUGUAUAGGCAUUCUAUCAGUGACCUCUCAACUCCUCUUCCCCGACUUUCAUUGGGGGAGGAACGCCCCCUUAAAAAUACUGUACUGUUUACCAUUGGUGGGCUAUUCAAAUUUUAGUCUAUUUUAAUUUCCUUUGUAACUCCAGUGUAUAACAAACCAAACUAUGACCUCAUUAAGAUAAUAGUAUUAUUAAAAAAGCACAAACAUGGACCAUCUGCAGAAAGCGUCUUCUUUCUCUAUUUUUUAACCAUUGAGAGCCACAUGUUCCGCGUGAAGAUCCUGGCGGCUUCGCGGCACCACGAUCAUCUCCAGUCCAUUUCAAGUCGUGGAUGACAUUCGACUCUGUGCUCCCAAAAAAUUCAGGACUCAGCAUUCGCAAGCCUGAAUAUUAUUGCUAAUACCCAGAUGUGCUAUGUGUGUUCUUCUUGUUCCUGUUGUGUUCCUGUUUUGUUUUUUGACUCUUGUUGACUCUGGGUAAUAAUCAUUCCCACAGCAAUAAUCCCCCCCC